AUGCCUGCCCCAGGCCUGGCAAUGGCGAGUGGCCAGGUGCUCCCGGCCUUCCUGCUCUGCAGCGCACUGCUCAUCAUGAAGAUGUACGUGGUAGCUGUCAUCACAGGCCAAGUGAGGCUUCGGAAAAGGGCUCACCGGAACGACAUGGAGACCAUCUAUCCCUUCCUCUUUCUGGGCCUCGUCUACUCUUUCCUGGGCCCUAACCCUUUCGUGGCCUGGCUGCACUUCCUUGUCUUCCUUGUGGGCCGUAUGGUACACACUGUGGCCUACCUGGGCAAGCUGCGGGCGCCCAUCCGCUCAGUGUCCUACACCCUGGCCCAGCUCCCCUGCGCGUCCAUGGCCCUGCAGAUCCUCUGGGAGGCAGCCCGCCACCUGUGA